UUGAAUGUAGUUCCAGUUCAUCCAUCAACCAUCAUGUGAGUUAGAGAGAGAGAGAGAGAGAGUACAUGUCGUUAGUUCACUAGUCGCGUUUGGGACUUCGAGUGUCAAGUUGCUUAAAAACGUCUCCCUCUGGUUCAAUCGCCGGCGGCAAAACCACGUUCUUUAGUUUUUCUCUCCAUCCCACCUUAACACAUUAGGGCUAUUGGGGUCAUCUUCGUAAUUUAGUUCGAAUUGUAGUCAGAAAUCCAUGGAUCCUCCAUUUUUCAGAUCUACGAUCUAGGGUUUACAUUUCUUUUUUGCGUUUCAUGGAGUUAAUCUAAUUACAAUCCUUAGAGUUUAAGUUCUGAGAUUACUAGAGAAAAUGCAGAGCUCAGGGAGCUCGGCUUCGCAGCCGGAGGCUAUAUUGGAGUGGCUUCAGAAGGAAAUGGGGUACCGGCCCCAGGGUCCGUACCUCUCGUCAAACAAGGCGUUCUUGCCAUCAGUAGAUACGCUCCGGAAAGUUUACCGGGGGAAUAUGGUCCCUGUAUGGAAUUUCUUGUUACAGAGAGUUAAAUCAGAGAAAACUGUAGAGAAGAUUCGUCGGAAUAUACUUGUUCAUGGCAGUAACGAUGGUGGCGGCAGUUCGGUGGAUUCCCCGAAACCGAAUGAGGAGGGGAGGAGUAAAGGUAGGAGGAAGGAGAAGGAGAAAACAAAAUUGGGGAUGGAUAGAGGGCCGGGUUCGGAGAGUUCUUCGGAGACCAGAGAGAUUGCAUUAAGAGAGAGAGAAUUGGCAGAGAAAGAGGUCGACAGAUUGAGGCAGAUUGUUCGGAGGCAGCGGAAAGAUCUGAGGGCACGAAUGCUGGAGGUUUCUAGGGAGGAAGCAGAACGGAAGCGGAUGCUUGAUGAGAGGUCCAAUUACAGGCAUAAACAGGUGAUGUUGGAGGCGUACGACCAACAGUGUGAUGAAUCAACUAAAAUAUUUGCGGAGUACCAGAAGCGUCUCCAUUACUAUGUUAACCAGGCUAGAGAUGCUCAGAGGUCCAGUGCUAGCUCAUCUGUUGAUGUUGUUGAUGAUUUCCACGUGAACAGUGAAAAAGAAGCCGUCUAUGCAACUGUUAAGGGCAAUAAAUCUUUGGAUGAUGUCAUUCUCAUUGAAACUACUCGAGAAAGAAAUGUCAGGAAGGCAUGUGAAUCUCUGGCAGCUCAUAUGAUUGAAAAGAUACGCAACUCUUUCCCAGCUUAUGAAGGAAGCGGUAUUCAUCUAAGUCCUCAGUUAGAAGUUGAGAAGUUGGGCAUUGAUUUUGAUGGUGAAUUACCAGAUGAUAUUAAGACUGCCAUUCUAAAUUGCCUUGAGAACCCUCCUCAAUUGCUUCAGACAAUUACCACAUAUACUGUACGGAUGAAAACAUUGAUUAGUAGAGAAACAGAGAAAAUUGACAUAAGGGCUGAUGCAGAACUCUUAAGAUACAAAUAUGAGAACAACAGAGUGACGGACGCUGCUUCUCCUGAUGUAAGCUCACCUUUACAAUAUCAAUUAUAUGAUCAUGGGAAAAUGGGAAUUGACGUCUCCCUGAAAGGACCUCAUAGUCAACUCCUUGAAAGACAGAAAGCGCAUGUGCAACAGUUUGUGGCCACUGAAGAUUCACUAAAUAAAGCUGCUGAGGCACGGAACUUAUGUCAGAAGCUUAUAAAGCGUCUUCAAGGAAGCAAUGGUGUAGUUUCCCAGCACUCACUUGCUGCUGGAGGCACCUCACAGAAUGCUGGGAGACAGUUUGAGUUGGAGGUUUGGGCCAAGGAAAGAGAAGCAACUGGAUUGAGGGCAAGCUUGAGUACAUUGACAUCUGAAGUGCAGCGCUUGAAAAAGUUGUGUGCAGAAUGGAAAGAGGCUGAAGAUUCACUUAGGAAGAAGUGGAAAAAAAUCGAAGAGUUUGAUGCACGCAGAUCGGAACUGGAAUAUAUCUAUACUGCUUUGCUUAAGGCUAAUACGGAUUCUGCUACAUUCUGGGAGAAGCAGCCAUUAGCUGCUAGAGAAUAUGCAUCAAGUACCAUUAUUCCAGCAUGCACAGUUGUUGCAGAGAUAUCAAAUAAAGCAAAGGACCUUAUUGAAAAGGAGCUUUCUGCCUUUUAUCGAAGUCCUGAUAAUAGCCUUUACAUGUUGCCAGCAACACCACAGGCACUUCUGGAGUCUAUGGGUGCUAAUGGGUCAACGGGACCAGAAGCAGUUGCUUCUGCAGAGAAGAGUGCUGCUUUAUCAACUGCAAGAGCUGGUGCAAGAGAUCCAUCAGCAAUUCCAUCCAUAUGUCGUGUUUCUGCUGCCCUGCAAUACCACGCUGGUUUGGAAGGUUCAGAUGCUGGAUUAGCAUCAGUAUUGGAGUCUCUAGAGUUCUGUUUGAAACUCAGGGGUUCUGAGGCUAGUGUGUUGGAGGACUUGUCAGAAGCAAUUAAUUUGGUACAUAUACGUAGAGAUCUUGUCCAAAGUGGUCGUUCCUUGUUAAACCAUGCAUACCAUGCACAGCAAGAAUAUGAAAGAACAACAAAUUAUUGUUUGAAUUUGGCUGGGGAACAAGAGAAGAUUGUUAUGGAGAAAUGGUUGCCAGAACUUAAGACUGCAGUUUUGAAUGCGCAGAAAUGCUUGGAGGAUUGUGAACGGGUUAGAGGUUUGGUAGUGGAGUGGUGGGAGCAACCUGCUGCGACAGUUGUUGAUUGGGUAACUGUUGACGGUCAAAAUGUAGCUGCUUGGCUCAAUCACGUGAAGCAGCUUCAAAUGGCAUUUUAUAACAACUAGGCGCUCACGAACGGAAGCUUUAUGGGAGCACAUUUUUCUUUUGGUUUCUUUGAUUCCUUUCCCUAUUCUUGUAUAAAAAUGAUUCUUCCUUGGGAAGGGAAGCCAUUUGUACUAUAGGGCGUUUCUGUAUUCUGUAAUAGGCUUGGCCAUCAGUUUCAUAUAAAUAAUUAUUAUCUAUGGGUCUUGAUCAACGCAGUUCAGAGAUGGAAUCCUGUUGAAAUGUAGAGAAACUGUUUGAAGAUUGAUUCUUUGUUGUGUGCCUCAUUUGAAUAGAAGGGAUAGAUGCCUGUGUGACGACAAAAGAAUUUAUGUUAGUAAUGAACAAUAGAACAAAAGUUCGAUUUA